AUGACCAAGUGGAUCAACCUGCUUGGUGAGGCCAUGGUGAUAUUUGGACGGCCUUUUGUUGACAUCCCUGAGCUGGUGUCCGUGAUGGAAGACGCCGGCUUCGUCGACGUCAAGAUUGAGUCAUACAAGUGGCCCAUUAACGAGUGGCCCAAGGACCCUCACUACAAGGAGAUCGGGGCAUGGACGCACGCCAACUUCAUGGAAGGCCUCGAAGCUUGGACUCUGGCCCCGUAUACCCGGGCGCUGAACUGGACAAACGAGGAGGUCCUCGUCUUCAUGGCCGAGGUGCGCAACAACUUGAGGAAUCGCAACAUUCAUGCCUAUUGGCCAAUUUACUCAGUUUACGGCAGGAAACCUGGAGAGAAGAAGACGACAGUAACGGGGGAGACAGCGACGCAAGAGUAA